AUGGCGGCUCAGAUUGAGAUGGAUUUGCAGCCUCAAUUCGAGAAAUUUCGAAACGGUAUUUGCUCCGAGGAUCAAGAGGGUCAUUCAGAGUCAUACACACUCUCCGGCGGCGACGGCUCAUGCGCAGGCGGUGACUCUUGCUCUGAAUGUGACGAUUCGGUCGGAGAUGUUGCAAACGGCGGUGAAUUAGACUCCGACGGAGAAGAUGAAGACUCUGGCGGCGUGGUUGCAGAUGGUGGCGAUUUACUCCUCUCUGCCAUCGGAACUCUAGUCUCAGAGGAAGACGAGUCGACUUCUUCGUCUGACUCCGAUACUGAUUCUGCGCCGGUGAGAUCGAUGGAUUUGGCGGAGACACUCGGCAUGAGGAGAGGACCAGCGACGAUGGAAUGGCGAAGUUCCGGCAGGCCACGAUAUCGAGCGGACUCUUUGGUUCUCAUGGUGAAGAAAUUUUGA